AAAAUUUUCGUCACAUUCCUCUUCUUCCGCUGCACUAAUGAAAACCACGGAUAGUCGUAGGUACACUACUGUGCGUAGGGAUUCAUCGAUCAGAGGCAUCGGUCAAUCAACCCCUCAGCUACUCUCCUUCUCUUGACGACGACUAUCAUCCAUUUCAUCCUUCGUCAACCAACCUUCCUUUUCCGAGCUUGAUCUGACGAUGGCGGCCCCCCGCCAAAGCACCAUCGCUCGGUGGCCUCUGGUCGCGACGAUGGCCGUAUCGCUCCUCCCUCCAAUGGCAAGGGCGCAGAGCACCGAUGUGACGAGCAACUCGACGAGCACAGUCAUUUCCUCGCUCAUUCUCAACUUGAUCAUCUUUGCUGUUGAGAUCGUCGCCUUCCUUAUCCUCCGCCCUCGCUUCCGCAAGGUGUACCGACCCAAGACCUACCUGGGAAAGAAAUCUGAGAGGACCCAGGCGCUUCCCGACUCGCUCUUUGGAUGGAUUCCCCAGUACAUUCGCACGCCCUCGAUUGAAAUCAUGCACAAGAAUGGUCUCGAUGCCUACCAGUUCGUUGCCUUCCUCGAGAUGAUGCUCUGGAUGUUUGUUCCCACAUUCAUCUUCACCUGGAUCUUCCUCUUGCCCCUCUACGGCGCCAACUCUACGGUCAACAACAAAGGCUUCAACAUGUUCACCUACGGCAAUGUUGGCGCGCUCCAGAACGAGCAGUACCGCCUGAUUGGUGUUCUCUUUGCCAACUGGAUUAUCAUCCUCUGGUUCAUUUACGUCAUGCGCCGCUUUACUUCCGCCUUUGUCAAGCACCGCCAGGAGUUCUUGUUGAGCCCCCAGCACGCAGCCACGGCCCAAGCUCGCACCAUUCUCAUCACGGGUAUCCCUAACAAUUACCUCAGCGAAAAGAAGCUUUCGCAGAUGUACGGCUACUUCCCCGGCGGUAUUGCCAAGAUCUGGCUCAACCGCGAGCUGGGAGAGCUUCCCCAGCUCACUGAGGACCGCGCCAAGUGGACCAACAAGCUCGAAGGAGCUCAAAACAAGCUCAUCAAGAUUGCCGCCAAGAAGGUCAAGAAGGGCAAGGUCGAGGGCGUCUCUACGGACAAGGACGUGGAGCUGAAUCUCGACGUGGCUGACAAGUAUGUGACGAAGAAGGAGCGCCCUACCCACAAGCUCGGCGCCAUGGGUUGCUUUGGCGAAAAGGUCGAGACGAUUCCUUGGUGCCAGGAGGAGAUCACCCGAUUGACAAAGGAGAUUGACUCUAAGCGCGGCGACGCGGCGACCGACUACGAGACGUACAAGCCCGCGUCGGCUGCCUUCAUUCUCUUCAACACGCAGAUUGCCGCACACAUGGCUGUCAAGGCUCACGCCCACCACGAGCCCUACCGCAUGGCCACUCGCUACGUUGAGGCUCACCCACUCGACGUCAUCUGGCCCAACUUGACCCUGAACCCGUACGCCGUCAAGAUCCGAACCGCCAUUGGCUGGGCCAUUACGAUUGCCAUCGUCAUCUUCUGGACCGUCAUCACCGGCUUUGUCGGUAUCGUGUCCAAUGUCCAAGGUCUCUCCACCAAGGUGUCCUGGCUGAGCUGGCUCAACAAGAUCGGGAGCGUUCCCGUUGGUAUCAUUCAAGGUGUUCUGCCCACGGUACUCCUCGCCGUUCUCAACAUCCUCCUGGUCAUGUUCCUCCGUUUCCUUGGCCGCGCGUCGGGUAUUCCUACCAGGACCGGCGUGGAGCUCUCGCUCUUCGACCGCAUGGCAAUCUUCCAGCUCAUCCAGAACUUCCUCAUCCUGACCAUCAUCUCGGGUGUCUCGAGCGGCAUCGACCAGAUUGUCCCCAUCAUCACGCACCCCGAUCAAUUGCCCCAGUUGCUCGCUCAGAAGAUUCCUCUCGCCUCGACGUUCUUCCUGUCGUACAUUGCCCUCCAGGGCCUUACUGGCGCAGCCUCAGGCUUCCUCCAGAUCGCACCUUUGGUCAUCUACUACAUCAAGAAGGCUCUCCUUUCAUCGACGCCCCGCAAGGUCUGGCACAUCGACAACGACAUGAGCUCCGUCGCGUGGGGCACCCUUUUUGCCAGCACGACGCUCCUGACGGCCAUUGCUAUUGGCUACAUGAUCCUCGCGCCAAUCGUCUCUGGCUUCGCCAUGGUUGCCUUCUUCCUCCUUUGGCUGAUGUACAAGUACAGCUUCCUGUACGUCUACGACAUGUCUGGCGCCAGCGAGACGGCCGGCCUCUUCUUCCCCAAGGCCAUCACGUUCACUUUUGCAGCCAUGUACCUGGAAAUGGUCAUCAUGGCCAUUCUGUUCUUCCUUUCGCAGGACAACACGGGCUCUCAAUCCGCAAUUCCUGAGGGCGCAUUCAUGAUCGUCCUCAUCGUCAUCGUCAUUGGCUUCCAGUACCUCUUCAACGACUCCUACAAGUCCCUCUACACCGCUCUGCCCCUCUCGCUCGUGCCCGCCGACACGGUCCAGCAACCCUACUCUGACCGAACGCCCGAGGGUGGCGACAAGAAGACGCUCUUGGGCAGCGAGGACCGUGUCGACAAAGGAGCUUCGUCGAUGGUUGGCACCAAUGGCAAGCCUGCUCCUGCCUAUGGCCACCAGACCGAUGCCACUCUGUCGGUUGAGCAAACUGCCAACGAGCAUGACGACGAAGAGGACCCCAUGGAAGCCUUUACGGCUCCUGCUCUCAAGGACCAGCAGCGCGACAUUUGGAUUGCCAACGACUCUUGGGGCAUUGGCCGUGCGCAGAACGAGUCCAACAAGCAGCACGGCCUUCGCUCGACGGUCCGAGACACGGCCGUUGAUGCCAAGGGCAACUUUACCACCGACGCUACUGUUCCGCCCGGCGAGACAUUGCUGUGAUCUCCACCACUACCUCACACUCCUUUUGAAUCCCUCGCCGCCCACUCCCGCUCUCUUCCUCUGUUGAGUUUGCUUUGCAUUAUUACCCUCCCUUUCUCUUCUUUAUCCACUCUUCCCUCGUUCUCUCCGCCUCUCCCACUUAUUUCACGUCUUCUCCCUUCCCUUCUUCCUUUUAUUAAUUCUCUUGUGUAAAAAGUUCUCUACUUCUUGCUCGAGUGGCCGUUCUCUCUUCAAUACGAUGGACAUAAUGUCGAAAGCUG